AUGGAAUAAGAAAUAGAUGUAGAUGUAAGCUCUCAAUCAUAAGAGCAACAAGAAGAGAAAGAACCUUUUGAAGAUUUAAUUUAAGAAUGCGAUGAAAACGCUAGAAAAUUAGAGAUACUGUAUAUUUAAAAGGAAAAUGAAUACCAAGAACUUUGUAAAACUUUGAGUGAUUUAUAGGAUCAAAUAUGGAAUCAUUAAAAAGAAGAAUAUGAGCAGAAUUCGAUUAACACUGAUUAGUAAAUUAAGAAAGAAAUAGAAUAAUUAUCAAGAUUGCUUGCUGAGAAAGAAGAAAAAAUUGAAACCUAUGAAAAAGAAAUUAGUAACAAGAUGGAUGACGACUAAUUAGUAAGAAUGAGAUCUAAGUAUAAAGAAAUUUAAUAGCAUAAAGAAAUCAAUUUAAGAAAACAAUAUAAAACUGCUAUCAGUGGAGAAUAAGAGUAAUAUCCAGCUCUUAGGCAAUAUGCUGAAGAGUUAAAGCAUGAGCUAGAUGUUAAAAAGGCAAUAAAAGAAAAAUUAGAUGAAGAAAUAAAGAAAUCAGAUGAAUCUAUUAAAGAGCUUAGAAGGAUGAAAAGAGAUGGAGCUUCUCAAGAACACGAACUGUAAGAAGAGAUAGAAAAUUUAACUUAGAGAUGA